UUCCUACUAGGUCUAGAAGUAAAUGUAAUCUAGUUUCGGGGUUAAUUUUAAUAACUAGAAGCAAGUUUCUUCUUCUUUUAGAUCUAGAUCUAAGUUAAGACUAAGAUUCAUUUUAAUUGAGACUGAAAGACUAGGCUAGCAGCUUUGGACUAAUUUUUUUGUAAAUGGCCAAAUAAGCUGAAACAGCAAAAAAUGCUGAAAAAAAUUUUUAGAUCUUCAAAAACCAAUGAACAAGAAGAGCCAGUUAUUCCAAGGGUCUACAACGAGCCAUACUUUUAUGGAAGGAUAACACGUCAGGAAGCUGAGGCCAUCUUGGAAGUCAAUGGCAUGAAGGAUGGCUUGUUUUUACUUCGAGAAAGUAUUACCCCCAUGGGCAACUUCUCCCUGACAAUGGCUUUUGAUAAAAAAGCAGUUCACUAUGCCAUUGAAAAGAAAAUUGAUGGCCAGUUUAUGAUAGCUGAAGGUCUAACUUUUAGAGACCCUAUAGAGCUUAUAGAACAUUACCAGACUCACAAAACUGGCUUUGUCACUGUCCCUAAAAUUCCCUGCCAGAGAUCACCUGAUCAAGAUGCUAUUGCCUUCCGAGGUGUCAGUUACCAAGACCUCCACAACCACAUGAAAGCUACUGCCAAAAAUCUGAAUGCCAGCUUAUCGCAAGCUCUCGGGGCCAAGAGAGAAGCAAUGCUAAUGCAUGUGGUCAAGAACAUGCAUGAAAAGAUGCCCUGGUUCCAUGGGGAGAUAAGCAGGGAAGAAUGCAUCAGAAGACUUGAAACAGAUGGUCAUCAGGAUGGAAAGUUUAUAAUUCGUUCUCGAGCUGAUGGUCAGACAUUUGCUUUGACAAUGAGCUCUGAUAAUGCAAUGAGACAUUACUUCAUACUAGUCCAUGACGGAGAAACAUACUCUAUAGAAAAUGGUCAGAGAUUUAAAGCUCUUAUAAUUUUAGUAGAUCAUUACCAUAACAAAAGAGAUGGCCUUCCUUGUAAAUUGACUGUACCCUGCCCUGCACCAGAAACCAAACAUCAAACCUGGGAAAGAUAUAUAAAUUUAAGCAAAAAUUUAUGUAAGGCAAAUCCUGCCAAUCCUGUGCGCAGAGGAAGUAGUACUUCCAGAGAAACAUCUUCAAGUAGACUUCCGCUGCCUCCAAGACCAAGGCCAGCACCUCCAAUUCCACCAAAUGCUCUCGGAUGGUUAAACAAUCAUCAUGAUGAGGAAGAAGAUGAGCUUGAUGCCUUACCAGAUUUACCAGCUCCUGUCAUUUCUCAGGAGCAAGCUGAACACUUGGAGAGUGUUUACAUUGACAUUAGAGAUGAUGUUCUUUCUAAUGACCUUCGGCCGGACCAAGUGCGUUUAGAAGGAAAAUUAGGCUCUGGUCAGUUUGGUGAGGUCAGAAGAGGAAUGUGUUAUCUUACCAGUAGAUCAAACCCAGUUCCAGUGGCCGUGAAAACUUUAAAAAACAAUGACCCAGCAGGGGAGAAAGAAAUACUGAGUGAAGCAAGUCUGAUGAAGCAAUUGAACCACCAACACAUUGUUAGGAUGAUAGGUGUGUGCAAAGGGGAAAGUCUGAUGCUUGUCAUGGAGUUGGCUGAACUGGGGCCAUUGAAGAAAUAUUUAGAGAAAAACUUGGAUAUACGUGUCUGGCACCAGUUGGAGCUCAUGGUCCAGAUCUGUGAUGGUAUGAGGUAUUUAGAGUCCAAGGAUGUAGUCCACAGAGAUCUAGCAGCUAGAAAUGUCCUUCUUGUCACUGACCACUUUGCUAAAAUCAGCGACUUUGGCAUGUCGAGAAUGGUGGACAACAGCUCAGCUUACUAUCUUGCCCAUGGUCCUGGCAGAUGGCCACUGAUGUGGUAUGCACCAGAGUGCCUCUACUUUCACAAGUUUGAUUCUAAGUCUGAUGUUUGGAGCUUUGGGGUGACCAUGUGGGAAAUCAUGUCCAAUGGAUCAAGACCAUAUGAUAGGAAGAAGCCACAACAAAUUCUACAUUUUAUUGAGUCUGGUAACAGAUUGAACAAACCAAGAAACUGUGAUGACAGAAUCUAUGAAAUUAUGUUGCAAUGUUGGGAGUUCAGUAAAGAAGAUCGCCCCCAUUUUCAAUUAUUGAAGAUAUCAUUGGAAGAACUGUAUCGGGAAUUUCUCAGGCUCCAAAUCUAAGGACAUGACAUUUCUCAGAUCAUCUCACAGGAAUGUCCAUUUCUUUGUGUUGAUACCUAGAAUUCUGCCCCUCAAUCACUGAUGAUGAAAUUGUGCUCAACUGGAAUAGUCUUUGUUUAAAUCUAAUAACAAAGUUGAAAAGUAUUGGUAUGAUAGAUUUUGUUUUAUAGCAUAUUUUAUUUUAUCAUAUUUAUUAUCAGCCAUUAUUUAUAGAAAGUUUAUUAACUUUUUAAAAAAAAACUUUUUUGAUUUGUAUACAUUUCGUUUUUAUUUAUUUUAUUAUGUUUCAACCUACACAUUUUCAACUAUUUUUCAUGCACUUCCAUAUUUGGUUUGGAAAGAGUGAAAUUUAUGAGAGAAACAAUUAUUUAUUAGUGUUUAAGUUUUUUUUUUUUUUUGUUUUGUGUUAUAUUUUUUGUUGUUUUAUAUUUUUAACUUACAAUCACAUUUGUAGAGUUCUAUCACAUGAAAACUGCAAUUAUCGUUAGGAAUGUUUUUAUUUCCAUUUAAAUUUUCUCAUAUACUAGGUAUAUGCUUACAUCAAGAUAUACUAACAUAUAGAACUUCUCCCCAAAAGUUGUUUAUAAUGUAUAUAGAAUUUGUAAAAAAAGAUUUGAUAAAAUGUUACUUUCUGCAAAAAUUAUUUUUUAGUUAUUUAAAGUGUAAAAGGGAAUGGAUUAAUGUAUUGAUUUUUUCUGCAUGUUUGAGAGUUAAGUGGAUAUUGUUAGACUGCAAAUGAAAAAGUUUCUUGUUUGACAUCAUAGACCUGUGUAUUUGGUCCCAACAAAUGGAUAUUCAGUUUGU